GUUACAGGACUAGCACCACAUUCGUCAAAACAUGCAUGUAGCAAAUGUACUAGAGUCUUUUCAUGCUUUUCAGGAACUUCUAAACUUGAUUAUUCCAACUAUAUUCAAGAAGAUCCACCAUUAACUAAUGCUGAACAUCGACGAAUAGCUUUACAGUACAAAGUUAGUGACUCAACAACCCAAAAAAAAUUAUUUCAGCAACAUGGAAUCCGAUGGACUUGUCUUUUAGAAUUACCAUAUAUCGAUAUUCCUAGAUUUACUACGAUUGACCCUAUGCACAAUAUAUUCUUAGGUACAAGUAAGCGUAUAGUGCAACAUGCAUGGAUGAAUGACAAUUUACCAAAACUUGGUAUUAAACAAUUGCGUGAAAUUCAAAUUCGAAUUGAUUCAAUUCCUUUACCAGUUGAUAUGGGAC